AUGUCAUCUCGAGCAAGAUCGUGUCCUCCUGGAAAGAAAUCAACAAGAAAAUGGAGCGCAUCCGGCAUUUCAAUUUUACGUCUGAACAAAGAAAUGGGCUCAACAAAUGUUAAGGAAGAUCCAGAAUUAAAUACCGAAUUUUACAAGCAUCUCACAAUAUAUUAUGACAAACUAGUACGGGGGAAAUCAGUUGCUGACUUUGGUAGUUCCAGCUUUGAAAUUGAAACGCUUACAUAUUCGGUAUAUAGUUUAAUACGACAAUACGAACGUAUUCCAAGUGCAUUCUCAUUAGAACAUCAUGAGGCUUGGUACAAUGUUAAUUUAUGGGGACUAUUAUCGACAGAACUUAUGAUUCAAUCUAUCGAAAACUAUCUGAUGGAUGGAAAGAUCUGGACGACCUUCAAUAUAAGGCAAACUCAUAGCACCAAGUUCCCAUACAGUAGUCUUUCAUCAUCAGGAUCAUCGAGAAGAGCCGAGAAUAGACCUGAUGAAUAG